CCUGGCUCUGCCAAGGCCAGCUCUUUCUCUGCUGCAAAACUUGGUCUCUCCUUUGAGCAAAAGGUUAAUUUCUGCAUUACUUAUCUUCCAGGAUUGCUAAGAAGCUUUAGUUUCACUUUCGAGUCUGCAGCAGACUUGCCACACUUCCUGAUGGAAACAAUUGGAUUUGGGCUAAUGAAAAAGGAAUGGUCAGCUGUUGUCAGAGCAAAGUCAUGAGCAGGCAUUUGCGGUAUCAUAUCUACUCCCUUUUGGGGCUGUUCCCCUUCUGGAUACUGUGUACAUCUUCUAGAUGUGCUGUUAGACACCAAGUAGCCGACUGCAGUCACCUGAAGUUGACUCAAAUUCCUGAUGACCUCCCGGCAAACAUAACAGUGUUGAAUCUUACCCAUAAUCAACUCAGAAGAUUACCACCUGCCAAUUUCACAAGAUACAGUCAACUAAUUGUCUUGGAUGGAGGAUUUAACUCCAUCUCAAAGCUGGAGCCAGAAUUGUGCCAAAGUCUGCCUUUGUUGGAAAUUUUGAACCUCCAACACAAUGAGCUGUCUCAACUUUCUGAUAAAACCUUUCUCUUCUGCAUGAAUUUGGCUGAACUCCAUCUAAUGUCCAAUUCAAUCCAGAAAAUCCAGAACAAUCCCUUUCAAAACCUGAAGAAUUUAGUCAAGUUAGAUCUAUCUCAUAAUGGUUUAUCAUCUACUAAAUUGGGAACUCAGCUCCAACUGGAAAAUCUUCAAGAACUUCUAUUAUCAAAUAAUAAAAUACAUGCACUAAGAGGUGAAGAACUUGAUUUCCUUGGCAACUCUUCUCUGCAAAGGUUAGAGCUGUCGUCAAAUAAAAUCACAGAGUUCUCUCCAGGGUGUUUUCAUGCAAUUGGAAAAUUAUUUGGCCUCUCUCUGAACAAUGCCCAGCUGGGCCCCAGUCUCACAGAGAAGCUUUGCUUGGAAUUAUCAAACACAAGCAUUCAGAAUCUCUCCCUGAGCAAUGUCCAGCUGUACAGAGCCAGCAACACGACUUUCAUUGGACUAAAGCAGACAAAUCUCACCAUGCUUGAUCUUUCCCGGAACAGCUUAAGUGUGAUCGGUAAUGAUUCCUUUGCUUGGCUUCCACAUCUGGAAUAUCUCUUUCUGGAAUAUAACAACAUACAGCAUUUGUCUUCUCGCUCUUUUUACGGGCUUGCCAAUGUGAGAUACCUGAAUUUGAGACGAUCUUUUGCUAAACAAAGCACUUCCCUGCCUACGCUUUCCAAGAUGGAUGAUUUUUCCUUUCAGUGGCUAAACUGUUUGGAGUAUCUCAACAUGGAAGAUAACAACUUUGCAGGCAUAAAAAGCAAUAUGUUCACAGGACUGAAAAAGCUAAAAUACUUAAGUCUAGCCGACGCCUUCUCAAGUUUGCGAACUUUAACAAAUGAAACAUUUGUAUCGCUUGCUGGUUCUCCUCUACUCAUACUCAACCUCACCAAAAAUAAAAUCUCAAAAAUAGAGGGUGGUGCCUUUUCUUGGUUGGGCCACCUGAGGGUGCUUGACCUUGGCCUUAAUGAAAUUGGGCAAGAACUCACGGGCCAGGAAUGGAGAGGUCUGGAAAAUAUUGUUGAAAUCUAUCUUUCCUACAACAAAUACCUAGAGCUGACUAGCAACUCUUUUGCCUUGGUUCCCAGCCUUCAACGACUGAUGCUCCGGAGGGUGGCCCUUAAAAAUGUGGCUAGCUCCCCUUCACCUUUUCUCCCUCUUCUUAACUUGACCAUCCUGGAUCUAAGCAACAACAACAUAGCCAACAUAAACGAUGACCUGUUGAAAGGACUUGAGAAACUAGAAAUUCUGGAUUUGCAGCAUAACAACUUAGCACGGCUCUGGAAACAUGCAAACCCUGGUGGUCCUGUUCAGUUUCUGAAAGGUCUUUCUCACCUCCACAUCCUUAACUUAGAGUCUAAUGGCUUUGAUGAGAUUCCAGCAGAAGUCUUCAAGGACUUAUUUGAAUUGAAGAGCAUCAGUUUAGGAUUGAAUAAUUUAAACAUCCUUCCACCAUCUGUCUUUGAUAAUCAAGUGUCUCUGAAGUCAUUAAAUCUUCAGAAGAAUCUCAUAACAUCCGUUGAGAAAAAUGUUUUUGGGCCAGCGUUCAAGAACCUGAGCAAUUUAGAUAUGCGCUUUAAUCCAUUUGAUUGUACAUGUGAAAGCAUUGCCUGGUUUGUUAAUUGGAUUAAUGGUACCCACACCAACAUCUCUGAACUGUCAAGCCACUACCUCUGCAAUACUCCACCUCAAUACCAUGGCUUCCCAGUGAUGCUUUUUGAUUUAUCACCCUGCAAAGACAGUGCCCCGUUUGAACUCCUUUUCAUGAUAAAUACCAGUAUCCUCUUGAUUUUCAUCUUUAUUGUCCUGCUCAUCCAUUUUGAAGGCUGGAGGAUUUCUUUUUAUUGGAAUGUUUCAGUGCAUCGAGUUCUUGGUUACAAAGAAAUAGACAGACAGCCAGAGCAAUUUGAAUAUGCAGCAUAUAUAAUUCAUGCCUAUAAAGAUAGGGAUUGGGUCUGGGAACACUUCUCCCCAAUGGAGGAAAAUGAUCAAACUCUCAAAUUUUGUCUGGAAGAAAGGGACUUUGAGGCAGGUGCCCUUGAACUAGAGGCAAUCGUUAAUAGCAUCAAAAGGAGCAGAAAAAUUAUUUUUGUUAUCACACAGCAUCUCUUGAAAGAUCCAUUAUGCAAAAGAUUCAAGGUGCACCAUGCAGUUCAGCAAGCUAUUGAACAAAAUCUGGAUUCCAUUAUAUUGAUCUUUCUCGAGGAGAUUCCAGAUUAUAAACUGAACCAUGCGCUCUGUUUGCGAAGAGGAAUGUUUAAAUCUCACUGCAUCUUGAACUGGCCGGUUCAGAAAGAACGGAUAGAUGCCUUCCAUCACAAACUGCAAGUAGCACUUGGAUCCAGAAAUUCAGCACAUUAAAUGUAUUUAAAGACUAAAUUAAAGGAGUAACUUUCCUAAUUUAAAAAGCUCCUUGGUAAAUUUAUGUUUUACUUGGAAGUAACGUAAAUCUGUUUCUUUGCAUUUAUAGGUGGGAGUAUUGUCUCACAAUUAUCUCUCUUCUGUAGAUAUUUCAGGCUUUUUAUUACCAAUUGAGUUAAUUCAACCCCAAAGAAACAUAUAAGAAUAUCUUUUACUGAUGAGUACACAGUUAGUUACUGAGGCCUAUGCAAACUUGGAGUUUCAAAAUAUUCCCCAUAUAAAGAAAAAUUAGAGUUAUAUAAGAGUUUGUGAUAAUUAUGUUCGAGUUUUUCCUGGAUGCACUCAGAACAAAAUACAACUGUUUUAAUGUGUACAAUGCUAUUUCAGUUGUGACAGAAGAAUAUAUACACCCAUAUUUUUGAAAGUUUCAUUAGCAGUAGUUUUUCGAUUGAAAAUCUUUCUAUCUUAGUGGUACCUGUCUCAGUGUUGAUUUUAUUAAAUGUCAUAUUUUAAUAAAUAUACUCAAGGGCAGAAAACAUUUGCAAUUCAUUUUGAUUACUUAAUAAAAAAUAUUUUAAUAAAUACCUUUAUUUUCCUGCUAUUUAGAUUUUGGCUAUAGAAGGCAUUAGGAGAAACAAUUCUUUUACUUAAAUGUAUUGCAGAAAGGCUUGCUUCCUGAAGGUUAAUUAGUAGAUUAGCUUUGUGUAGACAAAAUAUUGCUUUCCCCUGGUCAGAGACUCAGGAGAUGACCCUGGCCAAAUCACUUGGUUUCACUGGGACUUUUUUGACUGCUGAUCUCAAAAAUUAUGGUGACAAACAAAAUCGUAACUAUUCCCAUGAUUCUUAGUGAUAAUGACCCUGGUGUAGUACAUUCACAUAGACUAGAUGAUUGUACCAUAAAAAGGAUGCUUUGUGUACAUUAGUCCUUACGAUUAUUUUAAGUUUUAUUUUUGUUUUAAAAUAAAAUGAGUAGUUAUUGGAAA